GGUGGAAACAACAAUGGCGGUGACUGACAAAUCUACGAAAGAGCGGUUAUUAUCGGUACUGGACGAUUUAGAAGUGUUAUCCAGGUACGAAUAUAUUAUUUUUUCCCGUAAUAAUUGUUUCCUGAACAGCCAUUCAAAUGAUGUAGUUUGUAGCUUAUUCAACAAUUCCUACGUUUCGUGUUCUGAGUGUACUGCUGUAGGCCAGUGGGGUACUUGGCCUAUCCACAGGGGAUACUUGAGAAGACUCAUGAGAUCAUAGGGUUACUGAUCAAAUGCACAUGAGGGGGUACAUCAGGUGUACUCCGGGCAGAGCAAAAUUCAGUUGGUGGACAGUAACCGAAAAAGGUUGGGAACCCACUGUUAAAAUCAAAUUGUAUUUGUCACCUUACAGUGAAAUGCUUACAAAUCAAAUCACAUUUUAUUUUAUUUGUCACAUACACGUGUUUAGCAGAUGUUAUAGCGGGUGUAGCGAAAUACUUACAAGCCCUUAACCAACAAUGCAGUUCUAAGAAAAAUAAGUGUUAAGUUAAAAAAAAUAGAUAAGUUAAAAUAAAUAACACAUACAGAGUCGAUGUGCGGGGGCACAGGUUAGUUGCAUAAGAGACGGUGGCAGAAACAUUAUGUACAAAAUAAGUCACAAAUAACGCAAAAAAACACACACAAAAGCACAAUUGGUUAGGAGCCUGUAAAACGGCAGCCAUCUCCUCCGGCGCCAUUCUGAUCAAUUUGUAUAGGCUAUAACGUUAGAUUUAUAUAUACAAUAUAUGGGUAUAGUUACUGGAGUCAGACUGGCCCACCACUAUAGGUUGGACUUUUUGAAUGGAUGGUCAGGAGGGCUAUUAGCUUAUCUUUACAAACACAAUGAAUGACAGUCAUUUAUUGGUUGGUCACUUACUCUGUCAAGCAUCAUCUUUCAAGUUCAUCUGUUUUCUCUCCAUUAUCAUGCAUGGCAACUAAACCCAAUAUUACUAAUAUUUCAGGGAAUUGAUAGAGAUGCUUGCACUGUCAAGGAGCCAAAAACUCCCCCAAGGAGGCGAGGACACCCAGGUAACAUGCAUCUGAUUCAACCUAACACUAUUUUCAAAAUGUAGCAACAAUAUCUGCAAUCCUAGCUAUUCACAAUUAUAAAAUGUGUGUGCACUAUACCUCAUGCACUAUAACUCACAUUUAGUUUGUAUUUUGUGAAAUAGGUUUUUGAGACUGCUUUUCUCAACACAACUCUGACUCAAUAGUAGUCUAUAUGUUACAAUGUGCAGUCGAUGUCAGAAGUCUGAAUGCUUGUUUGGUCCUCUGUAGCUCAAUUGGUAGAGCAUGGCGCUUGUAACGCCAGGGUAGUGGGUUCGAUCCCCGGGACCACCCAUACGUAAAAAUGUAUGCACACAUGACUGUAAGUCGCUUUGGAUAAAAGCGUCUGCUAAAUGGCUUAUUAUUAUUAUUAUUAUUAUUAUUAUUGUUAUUUUGCUGUGGGCAGAUCCUGGAGCUGCUGGUGCAGAGAGACAGAGAGUUCCAGGAGCUGAUGAGGGUGGCCCAGGAGCAGGGCAAGGUACACCAGGAGAUGCAGGUCCUGGAGAAGGAGGUGGAGAAGAGAGACUGCGACAUCCAGCAGCUCCAGAAACAGCUGAAGGAGGCUGAACAUAUACUGGUGAGAACAGCAGAGCUGGAGACUGAUAAGAAAUCCUAAAUAGACUAUACAAUGUGUCUCCUUUACUAAAUUGGAACACAACAGCACAUUGUUUAUGACUUUGAUUCAACCUAACCUUUUUUUGCUUCUAGGCGACUGCUGUAUACCAAGCAAAGGAGAAGCUAAAAUCUAUUGAUAAGGCCAGAAAAGGUGAGCCUAAUUUUCACAGCAUUCGUCUGAGGAGCUGGAGAGCUUUCUGAUACAUAAAUACCACCAGAGAUUAUAGAUGUCAAACUAAAAGAACUGUUGUCUUUCAGGGAGCAUCUCCUCAGAAGAGAUCAUCAAAUAUGCCCACAGGAUCAGUGCCAGCAAUGCAGUAUGUGCCCCUCUCAACUGGGUACCAGGUUUGUCCUCUUUCUGCCCAUUUGUGCUUCUGGUAUGCUGUCUUAGAUGCCCUCUUUCCCCCAAUUUUUCUAUCCCUACCUCCCCCAGAUCCUCCUUUCCUUGCAUGUUCCUCCUCUUCAGACUGGAAUUUCCUCUUGGUAGUGAUAGUGGCUGAGGUUAAAAUAUUCCCUAUCACCGCAGUGACUAGCAUUCACAAUACUACUGUAAUUACUCUUCAGUUGACUUGAUGACAUAUUCCUUAUAACAGGUGAUCCACGUAGACCUUACCCAACUGACCUGGAGAUGCGCAGUGGAAUGUUGGGUCACAUGAGCAAUCUGCCAACCAAUGGCGUGAACGGACACCUCCCUGGAGAUGCACUGGCUGCUGGGAGAUUGCCAGGUAUGCUUUCGUUGUAUGUGUGGUUCCUUCCUUCUACAAAUGGAGUCAACCGUUUUUUUAUUCUCCUAUGAUCUGUGUGUUUGAUAUGAUUCUGUGGACUAUACUGUAUAAUAGUAACCCUAUCACACAGCUCAAAUACUCUUUCCUCCCUCCCCUCUUCAGAUGUGCUAACCCCCCAGUACCCCUGGCAAUCGUCCGACGUCUCAGUGGGUAUGCUCCCCCCUCACCAUGGCAACGACUUUGGGCUGGAGCCCCCCGGCCACAACAAGGAGAACGAGGACGACGUGGAAGCCAUGUCUACAGACUCAUCCAGCAGCAGCAGCGACUCGGACUGACUGAGUGUGUGUGUGUGUGUGUCUGUCCGUCCGUCCGUCAGCCCGCCCAUCUGUGUGUGUAUAUCUGAAUCCUCAGCUGACUGUGUGCUGGGAAUUGGACACUCCCAGUACCUCGUAGAGCCAGCUACCCAUCACACCCAUAACCUUUACGAUAAGCCAGAGUUUGAUCACUCUGACCCUCUCUUUUCCCAGCUUGUUGAUGAAACAUUUGUACUAAACUAUCUGUCAUCCCCAAUCUAAUACACUAUUUAUACAAAAGUAUGUGGACACCCC